AUGCUCAAGCAGUGGGACGAAGCGACGCGGGCGCAGCGCAAGAGCUACUUGCAGGCGUUCGUGGCGCAGUACGGAGGCGCGACGUCGGGGCCUCUCGACUUGGAGCACGCGCUUGGCACGACCACGACGCUCUACUUGUCCCGUAUCCUGUCGUGGCUGCGUCUUGGCUGCACCGACGGCUUUGGCCUCACCCAGCACCUCCAAGCACUACAGAUCUUUCUGCAUGCCAACCACAGCCUGCUCCAAGACUUUAUCGAUAUGGACGGCGCCGACUGCGUCCAAGUCAUCGCGCUCCUCCAGCACAUCGGCCGCGCGGGUCGCACGUACAAGGAGUACAUUAGCUCGUGCGACGCCGAGCGCAGUGUGAUCCAGAGCUGCAUCGCGCGAGGGCACGCAACGUGCGAGACGCCGGUCUGGCUCGCGUGCCGGAGCUUCUUGAUCGAGCAGAGCACGGGCAACCCGGCGUCGAUGGCGACCACGUACGCCGCGCUCGAGUUUCUCAUCGACCAGCCCACCGACAGCGUCAAGUGCCUUGGGUCCCAAAUUUUGCGCGAAUUGAUUUCAAAGAAAUCGCCGUAUUUUGACGCGCGUUUUUGCAAGCUCCAGCUCGACCACUCGAUCGCUGUCUCGAUGGCACUCCUGCACCACAUCAACUACCGCGUCCAGUACGAAGCGCUCGAGCUCAUCCACAUCAUCCUUGAGAAUCCGUCGCUGCAUGUCCCACUCUGCACGGCCAUGCUCGACUGGUUUCGCCGCUGCGCCGUCGUCAAGUCCGCUUUGCAUUCGCAAAGACGAGAUGGAUCAGUCAUCGUGUCUCGUAGAGAGCACAACGUACCCAAAGAUGCAGAAGAGCUGGUCGAAGUCGAGUGCUUCGUGCACCUCAAGUCGCCGGUCCUACGCCUCUGCCGCUGCUUUGACAGCAUCAUUUUCGAGUGCCCCUGCAUCGCCGACAUUGCCAUUCAACUGGGCGCGAUGGAUAUCUUGGUGUACGUCAUCUUGGCCGCCAACGAAGGGUCGCUUAAGUGGCACGCGGCCUGGUUCACGCUCCUCCUCAUGACGGCCCGCGCCGUUGACAAGGACCCGUACGCGACGCUGGCAGCGAUUUGCGCGCGGGAGUGCGACGAGGUGCAUGCAGCGCUCGUCGAGAAGGCUGCCGACAUCAUGUCGCCGGCCGACGAGCACGAAUUUAGCGAGUGCAUGGAGGCGCUCAUGGGCGACGGACUGCACCAGAAGAAGAUUUGGCGCUACCUCCACCGCUUGGGCUGGCCGAUCCUGCGCCACGAUGGCAACGACGAGGCCGGCGCCCACGACGCGGAGCUCAAGGCUAUCGAGGUGCAGGUUGAGGAGGCGAUUGGCAACGUCGCCAACGACCCCAUGUUUGACGACGACGUCCUCGACGCGACGCCGACGCUGCUCCACGACGACCACUUUUACGUGCAAAAGCUGCACGAGCACUUUCAGCACUACCGCCUCCCCAAGCGCUUGAUCUAACUAAUCAUGCUCU